GAACAUAAACACGGUGGAGCGAAUGCGAUUUACUUGCCGAUCUCAGUGCAGUCGCGAUGGUGACGGGCGCCGUAGUGCUGCUCGCUGUUCUUCUGCGUUUGUCUGAAACGGUUACAGUAUGUUAUUUGGGGUCAUGGGCAGUGUGGCGACCUGAUGCUGGGAAGUAUGAUGUGGACCAAAUUGACCCUUUCCUUUGCACCCACGUCGUCUAUAGCUAUGCCCAGAUCUCCGAAACCUCAUGGGAAGCUGUACCCCUUGAACCUUACUAUGAUUUGUGUGAAAACUGGGGCCUCUGCGCCUAUGACAGGUUCACAUCUCUUAAGAAGGUAAAUCCAGAACUCAAGACCUUACUCUCCGUCGGAGGGAACGCUAAGCUGAUGUCCGAGGUCUCGGCCGACCCUUCGAAACGUCAGAGCUUCGUGUCCAGCGCCGUCAGCCUCGCCAAGAACCACAGCUUCGACGGUCUGGACUCGGACUGGAUGUAUCCUGGCGACGAAAACGGAAGCCCGGAGGAUAAGGAAAAUUACAUCCUACUCCUGACUGAACUCCGAGAGGCGCUGGUGAAGGAGCAACUCUUACUAACGGCCGCCGUGUCUCUACAAAAACCGGUCAUUGACUUGGCCUACGACAUCCCCGCCAUGUCAGCAGUCACGGAUCUACUUAUUCUGCGUGGCUACAAUUUCCAUGGUACUUACGACACCUACACCCACCACCACGCCCCUUUGUAUGGCCAUCCGGGGGAUACGGGAAACAAUCUGUUCCUGAAUAUUGACUACGGCGUCGACUACUGGGUAUCGGGAGGAGCAGACAAGAACAAGCUGGUCUUAGGUCUCGGGACUUUCGGCAUCUGUUGGACACUGGACAGCUUGAGCGACACAGGGUACUUCGCUUCGGCCACACAAGCGGGGGAACCGGGGCCUUACACAGCGUCGUUGGGCAUCCUCGGGUUCAAUGAGAUUUGCGAGAUGCAGCGAGACAACGAGUGGACGGUGGUUCUCGAUCCGGAUAUGAACGAGCCUUAUGCGUUUUAUACGGAAAACAAGAUCUGGUGCGGCUACGAGGACGCGCUCUCAAUGUGGGUCAAGGGUCAGUACGCCCGGAGCCAAGGCCUGGGGGGGGUGAUGGUCUGGAGUCUGGAGACGGACGACUUCUCGGGGUCCUGCACGGGGCGGCCCUACAACCUCAUCAGGUCCAUGACCGAGGGCUUCCUGGACCUGCCCUUCAGCACUCCUGUGCCUCCAACUGCUGCUCCUGAGACUACUCCCGAACCACUUGUUACUCCCGCAUGUAGUGAAGGCGAUUACUACCUUGAAGAUAUUCAGUGUGAUAGGUACUGGCACUGUGUGAACGGCAAUGCCAUCCCUGGCGAUUGUAGCCCAGGCCUGGUGUGGGACAUGGCGGUGGAAUCCUGCAGUUGGCCGGAGAAUGUUGACACCUCUCAUUGCGUCAUGCCUGGAGAGGACACCACCACAACAACGCCAGUCACAACUAAACUAACAACCACAAGCACUACAACGACUGAACUGACGACUUCGCCUGCUCCAAAACCAGAGUGUGACAUAGAGAAGAAUUACUUUAUCAGCCAUCCUAUAUGUAACCAAUACUGGUGGUGCCUGAGCGGCGAAGCUGUUCUGGGAACUUGCUACGGAGGCCUGCGGUGGGCCCAAAACUCUCACGCUUGUCUUCCUGCCGCUGAGGCCAACCCCGUGGACUGCACCAUGGCGUAAAAGCAGGGGCCGGUACCUGAACCCUUUGGACUGUAACUCGAAAUGGCAACGCUGAUGGAUGUCAAGUGACUCUGGCCUAGGACAUCGUUUGAUUAUGUGAGGACGCUGCCUACUGUUGGAGUAGUUCUCAAGCCACUUUAGGUAAUGGAUCUCCAAUCCAAUUAACAAAAUCAUGGAGACUGUCUCCUCUUGAGUAAUGCUGAAAACAACUGUAGAUCAUAUUUUGAUUUCAAAUAUUUAUAUUUCAAUCUGAUUAGAUAUAUCAAGCUGAAGAUA